AUGAAAUUAGGGAUUUUGGUUGAAAAUUUGGGAUUUUGUUUAAGGAAAAUCAAAUUUGGUACAAACGACAUCCAGCUCAUCGUAUGCAAGCAGCUAGCUCCUGACUAUGAGAAGACUGUGGCGGAGCUGAGCAGACACGUCCUUCCCAUGGUUCCUGACAAAAUUGAUGCAAGUGAAGAAACAAACAAAGAGUAUGCAACACAGUUCGAAGUUCAGGGAUUCCAAGUUAUCAAAAUCUUCAGAAACGGAUGCAAAGCUGUUCAGGAAUACAACGGACCUCGUGAAGCUGAUGGUAUUGUUACUUACUUGAAGAAACAAAGCGGGCCUACUUCUUUUGAGAUCAAGUCGGUUGGAGUUUUCCAUAAGUUAUCUGGAUCUGAGUUUGUAUCUUUCUUGGCUACUGCUGAGAAACUGCGCUCUGACUAUGAUUUUGCACACACCUCUGAUGCCAAGCUUCUUCCCCAUGGAGAAUCAAGCAUUCCGCUUUUCACCAUCUUUGACAAGAAUCCUAAUAACCAUCCUUAUGUUAUCAAGUUCUUUGACAUCCUUAAUACUAAGGUUUAG